UGCCGCGCCGCGUAUUUUGCAUUUUCAGGCGACCGUUAUGUACACCGCAUCGCUGCCGGUAUUUAGUAAUAUUUUUUCGUGUUUUUAGAAAUAUUGUGAUGUUCGGCUGCAAAAGUAAAAAAGUAAACAGAACCUCAUUUUUUAAGAUUUAAUGUACACAUGUAUGUAAGCGUAUAAAUCGGCGAUACCGAAGACUACUGAGAAAAAGAGCGCAAAAGCUGUGGUGACGAAAACAGGAGAAAAAUAAGAAAUAGAGUCUAAAAGAAAAGUUCAUCCGGCGCGAAUAUUAAGAAGCAAACAAAUUGGAUUAGAUACAUAUGAUACAAUUAUUGAAAAUAGAAAUCAAGAAUUCCAUUGAGCAUUGGACUUAAUAGUUUUCAUAAGCUCGAAGUCAAAAUUAUUAAUACAAACAGGAUGUCUGCAGAGGCACUAAGUGAUUCUGAACUUCGUACCAAACUUUUCGAGUAUGGAUAUUCAGUUGGACCAGUUACUCAAACCACAAGAAAUAUUUUAGUUAAAAAACUCAAGGCCCUUAUGGAAUCACGUGGUACUGCUAAUUCUCGCCAUUCCAUGGCUGCUAGAUAUAGCAGUGAUGAUACAGAUGAUGAUACUUCAGCAAGUGCUAAAAAAAAGAAGAAAGCUUUACUUAAUACUCGUAGGCAGACUUUAGCAAAUCCUAUGCCUCCACCAGCAGUAACGCCAAUCACCUCACCUAAUAUAGGUAAGAAUUCAUCAAAAAAGAAGACAUCAAGGAACUUAAAUACUACAGAAUCAGAAGUAGAUUAUAACGAUACUUUAUCAAGUUUAACAAAUAGAUCAAUAAUAAAAACUGACAAAACUUAUAUUAAGAAUAAUAAACAAUCUAAAAAUAAUGAUGGUCUAGAAACUGGUUCAGAUUCUGAUGCAGUUGAAGACAUUUCACAGCAAGCUAUCAUCGUUACCAAAUUUGGUGGUGGCACUACGAAAUUAUAUAAUGACCGAACACUUAAUAUAACAGCAGCAGAUGUAAAUCUAUCAAAGUCAUAUGAAACAAAUUGGAGAAGAUCAUCGAAAGAUGCUCAUGAUAUUAAUUCACAUACAAAUUCAUCUAUAAUUAAAGAUGAAAGAUAUUUAGUGAACUUGCCAAAGUCAAGAACUCAUUUAGAUUCUAAUAGAAACGAUUCAUUACCGAAAGAGAAUAUAAAAAAAGAUGAUAUUCUUUCUACUUUUGAAACUCCUUACUUAUCAGAAUUUACACGAAGACUCAGUGUUCAAGCAUCUGUAAACCCACCUUCUUUAUCUAAAUCUACUUUAAAAGGGCAAAAAUAUCGUGUCUCGGGUUUAAGCAAUACACUAGAGGUAAAAGAAACGGAUUCUAAUGGUCAUUUUAUUUCUCCAUUAAGAAAUACUUAUCCAUCAAGUUCUAGUAUGACAUAUGUUACAUCUUCUUUGGACAAAACUCGAGAUAUCAAUAAAGUUUUCAAGUCUUCCAAUGUUCUUCGAGAAGACGUGAAAAAUAACCAGAAUUUUAUUUCCAAAAUUCUUGUAAUAGUUCUGGCUUUAUUUUUUGGUGGUUUGACAAUCGUUUAUUUGAGAUUGGAAGGAAAGACUGACAACUUUCCUCUACUAUCUGCUGAUAGUGAUAUACCAGUGUGCAUUUUAGCAUCGUAUGGCCAAAAUAAACGCACAGAUUGUAUACCAGAAGAUAAAGUGCAAGAUACGUUACUCUUAAUAAAACGACUUCAUCAAAUUUUAUUGAAACAAGCUGUAUCUGCAAAAUGUGAUAGUACUAAAGAACCACCAUAUCUAAAUAACAAUGAUAUUAAAACUUUUUUAAAUUAUGAAGUGUCAGAAUUAACAAUGAAAGAAACUUUACAGAUGGCACACUUGCUUAUCUUUAAAAAUCCUAAAUGGGGAAUCUUUCUAAUAGAGAUUGCAGAUGAUAAUGAAACACAUGAAUUACUUGAUUCAAUGGAUGAAGUAAUUUUGAAACGCUCGAAAGGAAAAUUAGGAUUAUUGAUACCAGAACCAGAUUUACCCUUGCAAUGUCUCAUGAGAAAACGAAUUUUUACUGUAUUUUCAACUCUUUUAAUAGCUGCCUUUGGUGCAUUAGUCAUUAUUGGAUGUCAAAAGAUGGUGCUUGCUUAUUGGCGAUACAGAAAAAAUACCGAAAGAGAAGUAUUUAAUUUAGUCAGUGAAAUUAUUAAUAUACUUGAAAUUCAUCAUCAAAGUUUUGUAUCAACUAAUCUUGGUAGUAUACAAGAAACUUAUUUAGCAAUAAAUCACAUAAGAGAUAAUCUUAUACCACCUAAAGAUCGAAAAAAUUUAGCUGGACUGUGGGAAAAAGCUGUUAAAUUUUUAGAUGAAAACGAAUCUCGAAUUCGACGUGAGGUUCAAUUGGUUGCUGGAGAAGAAUUUCAAGUAUGGCGUUGGUUACCCAGCAAUUCAACUACUUCUAAUUCUAUAGGAAGUAAUUCCGUCCCAAAAAUGUCCAAAGUUUGGCAAGGAAGUGCAUUUGAAACUAUGGAAGGCUCUGUAAACAGUCUCGCAUGUUCUCCAACUCCUUGUCUUAAAAUACGACAUAUGUUUGAUCCAGAUGUAGAAUUUGAAGAAGAUUGGGAGACAAAAGUAAAAGAUGCUAUACUUGAAAAAUGCAGUGAAAAUGUGAAUAUUUUGCACAUUAAAGUUGAUCGAGGAAGUCGUGAAGGAUGCGUAUAUAUGAAAUGUUUGUCCCAAGACGAUGCCGGUAAAGCUUAUAAAGCUUUACAUGGGUGUUGGUUUGAUGGACAUUUGGUUACCGUUAAAUACUUAAGACUGGAACGUUAUCACGAACGUUUUCCAGAAGCUGUACAUUUUUCGACAUCCUUAAAGCCAAGUAACAAUCAACGACUUUCUAUGCAGGCGCAUUAUUGGACAAAUUCCUCAGAAGCUAACUAAUAUUUUUUUAUAUUUAGGAAGUUUUUUUAUUUAACUUCUAAUAAUUUUUGUUGUACUGAACAUUGCAAGAUACAUAUAAUUCGUUAAUAAUUCUUUCGUUUUUGUGUAUAAUUGUAAUCUCUUUGAACAAAAAUAGUAAUGUUUUGAUGAUUAUAAAGUAAUUACUUUUUAUAGGCUUAAUUUAAAAUAACGUAAGUUU